AUGUCCACUUCAAAGCGUCAACAUCAUCAUUAUCGAACGGGGUUCGUGUGGCUCCUUCUCCUCUCAACGGCCAGCGCCACUGUCAGUGCCAUUGUGGAGCCAGAGGAGGCGGCCUUUCAAGGUCACUGCGGCCACACCAGUCCCUGCGAGCAGCUCUGCUAUGAGAUCCACGACGGGAUGUACGAGUGCGACUGCAUCGAGGGCUACGAGCUGAACAAGAACGGUUACAGCUGUCAAGUUAUUAAUUCGACAGGAAAUGGAUCCGAUGGUCACGGCAAGUCCGACGAGGAUGUCCUCUAUCAGAAGGGAGCCUCGUUCAGUGCGAAGCUGGCCAACGAUGACAGCAAACUGAUGUCCCAGGGGGCGUAUGCCGGUGCAGCUGGCCCCGGUGCCACAGGGACCAGGGGCAAUGGGAACGGAGAAGAUGAGUCCGACUCCGAUGGCGAUAGCUACGACUACAGCGAGGGCGAUGACUCCAGGUCGAGGUUGCAGGAGGAGCAGCAGCAAGAGCAGCAGCAGCAACAAAAAGUCAAUUCAAACGAUUAUUACAUAUCAGCGGAGAGCAUCAAUUUCAAUUCGGAGGGCGAUGGCCCGGAGCCGGAUGUGGCCGAUUUUAGAGCGGCCAGCACGUCAAGAACAACCACAAUCAGUACCACCGCAGCGCCUAAAACCACCACCACCAGCACCAGCACCACCACAACAGGAGCCCCAGUCCCCCCCAUGACAGCGAGGGGCAGCAGCCAGAAUCAACUGGAUGUGGACUAUGGGGAGAGCAAUGGUGCGAAUGGUGGGGAUGACUACUAUAACUACAAGUCCGACAUGUCAAUCUACGACGAUGUCAACAAUAAUCAAUUAAACUUAAGACGCAACAGCAACACCAAUAGCAACAGCAAAUCGCAAACAUAUCAGCCGACAAGCAAUACGAACAAGAACUAUAACAAGAACAAUAACAAUAACAAGAACAAGAACCGCAGGACCAACAGCAACAGCAAGGUUCAAAUGCAUAUCACGAGGGUAUACAUCAAUCGGAACAACAUAUCAGGAACGGAUGUAGAAAUGGGAGGAGUUACAGGAGCAGAUCCAGCGCCAGCGAUAGCCACCAGCACCAGCAGUUCCAGCUGCAAUCUAGAUUGUGGAUCCGAUGGCAUCUGUGCCUUGGAGGCAACCGCGGCCAGCUCCCGCUGCCUGUGUCCCUUUGGCAAGACGGGCAUUGGCUGCCAGGAAGAUAUACGGGCACAUGUGCCGCGCUUUGCCAAGCGCUCCUGGCUGGCAUUUGCCGCUCUUCACGGGGCUUACAAGCACGUCCAGCUGCGCCUGGAGUUCCGUCCAGAGUCCUUUGACGGCAUCAUAUUGCUGAGCGGAGAACGCGACGAUCUUACCGGAGAUUUCAUGGCCCUGCUGCUUAAUAAGGGGUUCGUGGAGUUCUGGUUCGACUGCGGCUCUGGCGUGGGCAGCGUCCGAUCCCGGGAGACCAUCAUGUUGAACGAAUGGAACUCGGUGAUCAUCUAUCGCCAUCGCUGGGAUGCCUGGCUGGUGCUCAAUCAUGGCACCAAGGUUCAGGGCAGAUCCAAUGGCCUAUUCUCGCGCAUCACCUUCCGGGAGCCUGUCUUCCUGGGUGGCAUUGGGAAUAUCACCGGCCUGGCCAAGCGCCUGCCACUGGCCGAGGGAUUCUCCGGCUGCAUUCGACGCUUUGUGGCCAACGAGCAUGACUACAAGUUCACCGAGCAUCCGCUAGGCGACGUCACCAAUGGCUUCGAUAUACAGGACUGCUCGACGGACAAGUGUGUGCGCUAUCCCUGCCAGCAUGGUGGCAAGUGCCUGCCCUCGGAUCAGGGAGCCGUCUGUCUCUGUCCCAUUGGAUACGUCGGAGACCUUUGCGAGAUUCGCAUGGAUCUGCAGGUGCCCGCCUUCAAUGGGUCGUCAUUCCUUCGCUAUGCGCCGCUGGGUGACAGCGCGCUGAUCUGGCUGGAACUGAAGGUGAUCCUGAAGCCCGAACAGGCGGAUGGCCUCAUCCUGUAUUCGGGCCCAGAGCAGCGAGGCGACUUCAUUGCCCUGUAUCUGAACGAUGGCUUUGUGGAGUUUGCCUUCGACCUGGGAAGUGGACCUGCCGUAGUCCGGAGCGAGUACUCUCUCAGCAUGGGCCAGUGGCACACCAUCAAGAUCUCUCGAACUGCCCGUUUGGCUGUGCUCAAGAUCGAUCAGCACCAGGAGGUCAUGACCAUCUCCUCGAAUGGUUUCUGGCACUUGUCCCUGGAGCAGAACCUCUUUGUGGGCGGUGUCAACCAUGUCGACCGUCUGCCGCUGGACCUCAAGUACAAGCCUUUCUUUGUGGGAUGCAUUCAGAGGAUUGAUAUCAAUGGCCACUCGCUGGGCAUUGUGUCCGAGGCACUGGGGGGCAGCAACAUUGGCAACUGCCCCCACGCCUGUGUGGCCCGACCGUGCGGACCCCUGGCGGAGUGCGUGCCGCAGAUGGAGAGCUACGAGUGCCGCUGCAGCAUCUACAACGAGCGCUGUAACAAGGCCGCCGAAGUGCCGCCAGAACUGCUACCGGCUCUCCACAAGUCCAAGGUCCUCGAGACCAAGCACAAUAAGGGUGGAGACGUAGACGGAGACACGGAGGAGGCCGUGGCCAAGAAAGUCUCAGUCCUGGCGCACAAGAAGCACUCGAAGAAGCGCAAGCAUUUGCAUAAGCCACCUGGCACCACCCCCAUCACAACCACCACAGGCACAAGCACAACCACAGCCAAGCCCCACGCCACAGCCCCACGGGUGACGGAUGAUAAAGCCACAGCCCCAGCAGGGGCCUUAAGCAAUGAGGAAAUCGAAGAUGAUAUCAUAUUCCGCUUUGUGCAGCAGCAGCAGCAGCAGGAGCGGCCACAGCAGCUGACGCCAGAGAUGAGAAAGCCGCAAACUCCUUCUCCUUCCGCAAAUCCUCCCCCAACUCCAGCUCUAACCAUGGCCAAGCACUCGAGCAAGCAUCAAGUGAGCAAGCACGAGCACCACCAGAAGCCAAACGCAGCCUUUGCUCACAAAUUGAGCCGCCUGCCCACCCACUAUGAAAGUUUCCAGACGAACCCGGACAGCGACAUCCUCACAUUCGAAGACAACAACGACUGGGUGGCCAGUCUGCAAAAGCAGGAGUUCGCCGAUGCCUUGGCAACCAGCAGCCAGGGCAGCCAGGAGAGUCCGAGCCCGUCGGGCGAGGACGACAGCAAUGCCUUUGUCUUUGAUGAGUCCCUGUUCGAUGCCUCGGACGGGACCGAAGAAUAUCAGCGGAAGCAGCUGAACGAGGACAUGAAGCGCAUUAUGUCCAACUCGAACACGCACAGCAACCACAAAAAGGCGGAGCCCGAAGUACAGGCUGCACCCAGCGGGGUUUCCUCCAGCGAGACAGCGCAGUACAGUGAGGACUACAACGAUGACGAUGAACUGCUGUCGCCUGUGCUACAUUCAGAGCUGGAAGUUCAUCUGGAGACCUAUGCUUCCACCACACCACAGACCCACACGGACUGGAGCCUUCUGAAGAAGUUCGACCUGUCCGCGGAGCACCAGUCGCAGGUGCAGGGAGUGCGCAAGAACUUUGGGGCCUGCUUCGCCGGCGCCGACAGCUAUUUCCACUACAACGAUGCGGACACCAUGAGCCAGAUCAUCAGCUACAACAUUGAUCUUAAUCUGCGCAUCAAGACGCAUUCGGAGAACGGCGUCAUACUAUGGACGGGCCGCCAGGGAACGACGGAUGAGCACGACGACUAUUUGUCUCUGGGCAUUGAAAAGGGAUACUUGCACUUCCGCUAUGAUUUGGGCUCUGGUGAGGUGGACAUUCUCUUCAAUGGCACCAAGGUCAGCGACGGCCUGUGGCAUCGUGUGCGAGCCAUAAGGAACUCACAGGAGGGCUAUCUAGAGGUCGAUGGCCGCAAAACGUCCACGCAGCGAGCGCCUGGCAAACUGCGUCAACUAAACACGGAUACGGGUCUAUAUGUUGGUGGAAUGCCGGAUGUGGCAUACUUCACGCAUCGGCGCUACUACAGCGGCAUCGUGGGCUGCAUAUCGGAGAUCGUGUUGGCUGGCGAGAUGAAGCUGAACUUUGACCCAAACACCCUGGGAACGGAGCACAACGUGGAGACAGGCCUACUAUGAAACACUGCACUAACGCCUCAAGACUUUUUAUAUCGAAUAGUUUAAAUGUUAUGUUAAUUACACAAAUGUCCUUUGUCGAUUUGUGUUUGUACAAAAAUACGCUUUUAAAAACAAAACAGAAGUUUAGAGAGAGGUUGAGGGAAGAGCAUUUUUUUACACCAAGAGAAGAGGAGAGGAUAGGAGAAGAUAGGAGAUGAGACGAGAUGAGGAGUAUCGAAACUAAAUCUAGAGUGGAAAACAUACUACAUACAUAUUAUAUACAAACGUAUUGAGUAUAUACAAUAG